CCUUUUCUUUUUUCACAUCACUUUUUCUGAUCCGGUGCUUUUACAGCAGGGAGAAGAGUUUCACUUUCUAAUUUUUUAAUCAUAGAACUGAGGAAUUGUUGUUUUUUUGGGUUGUAAACUGUGUGUUGCAUUUAGUUAUUUCUGUUUUUUUGUUGGUUGGUGAGAUACUUAGGAGCUGUGGUUGUAGAUUGGAAAUCAAGAACAGAUUUUGCUGCAGAUAUCUCUGUCUAUUUGAGUUUUUGGUAGUUCAAAUGACUUGAUAGACUCCUGUUGAUGUUAAAGAGUUCAUCUUGAAAUUUGCUUCCUGUGUUUUCUUGCCAUUUAGUCGAAUUCUUGAAAGGGGGGUUGUCGUUUUGCCACGGAGGCGAUGAAUUCUCAUAUCUUCUUGUUUACCGUAGUUUGAUUUCAGCAUGUUUUAAGUGGUGGUGGUUUGUAACUGGCAGAUCUCGCUUCCGGUUUAUGAUGCAGCCUCGAGUUAAUUGAGUUGUUUGAUGAGCCCCUUCAUGGAGAUGGAGUGGAAUGCGAAGUGGGAUUGGGAAAACUUAGUCGCGUUUGGUUCAAAGGGGAUUGAGAGUCCGAAGAAUCUGCAGUUAGCGGAUUGGACAAUUGUGGAUGGUGGAGAGAUCCAUGGUGGAUCCUUCAAUCUCUCUGCUGCUGCUUGUAAUGGUAACAGCGGUGGUGGCUCUGAUGGUAGUAGGCAUGGUUCUUCAGCCAAGAGCUCGAUAUCAGCUUCUACCGACUCAUCCUGCAAGGAUAGGAUGCAGACUUCCAUCUUAACGUUCACUACAUCCGAGGGCUCUUUUGGGAACUUCAGCAAGAAGAUUGAGAUGAAAGGAAUCGAGCUUUCUGGAACUUCCUCAACUCCAGACGCAGAAGCAUUGCUCGGAUUGAAGCUGGGAAAGCGGACAUAUUUUGAGAACACCGGAGGUGGAGGUACUGCUAAGAGCACUUCCUUUUCUGCCAUGCCUGCUCCAGCCACCGCCACCGCCACUACACCAAAGAAAACUAAAUCAUCUGCUCAGAAUAGUCCUAUAUGUUGCCAAGUCGAGGGCUGUAACACUGAUCUUUCACUGGCGAAAGAAUAUCACCGGAAGCAUAGAGUUUGUGACAGCCAUUCAAAGUGCCCAAAGGUUACGGUUGGAGGCUGUGAACGCCGGUUUUGCCAGCAGUGCAGCAGCUUGUCAGAGUUCGAUGAAAAGAAGCGCAGUUGUCGAAGAAGGCUUUCUGAUCAUAAUGCAAGGCGUCGUAAGCCACAGCAGGAAACCAUCCAGUUCAAUUUGCCUAGGCUGUCAACCCCAUUCUAUGGAGGGACCCAACCGAUGAGUUUCAUGCUGAACAAUUCCCCACUUGCUCACUCGAGGACCACUGCAAAUUCUAGUUGGAACAACUCCAAAUUCGCACUACCCAAAGGGUGUUUGUUGAAGUCUGAAGGAGAUGAAGGUAUCGAUGAACAGUUGCACAUGCCAGGAAUCAGGCUGCCACAAACCAUCAAUAUGCAAAAUGCAGCGAAUGGUCUCUCAGCAGCAAAUCAUACACAGCCAGUGGUUUUGAAUCCAGGUGGCAAGGGAUCUUUGAUCUCUUCCCUAGAUGCAGCACCAGAAUAUCGUCGUGCUCUCUCUCUUCUGUCAAGCAAUUCCUGGGAUUCGUGCAAUCAAGAAUCAGUUCAGUUACACCAUCAACUACAUGAGAACAGUUCCAACAUCAUCCAACCUAUGUAUCAUGCAAUCCCUGAAGGUGUGCCCUUCUCUUCCUCAGACUUCUGGCCGACUGGGCCACAUCCAACUCAUCACUACCUUCAAUCUUUGGGCACAAAGACACCCUACGAUAAUGACUUCUAUUCCAACAUAUUGAACUGACCAAUGUCGACAAGUCUGUUCUUCAUCUUCGUGGACCUAUUCUAGGUGGUCCUUGAAUAAGGUUUUGAAUUAUGACGUCGCCUUUUUUUUGGUUCCUGCCUUGUUUGCGACGUCUUUCUGUCUCAUAUGGUAGGCCAUCUAACAAGUUGAUUCGUUUUGGGAAAACGAUUGUUCAUUCAGUUUGAAGGAUAACUUAUUUGUACUGUACUGUUAUCAGAUUUUGCAAGUGUUUUAACAAUGCUCCUUCACUUGUAACUUGGGAAUAUUUUGAAGUACCAACUAUUCAAUAAGUAUUCAACUUCA